AUGGAGCAUUCAAAUAAAAAUCAUGAUGCAACAGUCGAAGAAGUACCCUCUGAUUCUGAUUACAUUCGCGAUGAGCAAAAUAUAAUGGUAAUACCAACUGCCGUAGAUGAUACAGACAAACUCAUACGAUCGAUUACGUGGCUGGAUGCAUUUUGGGUAGCAAGUGGUGUACCUGCUCUUGUUCUUUUUUCUAUUGGUGCUAUCGCUGCAACUGUUGGAAAUCCAUCUUGGUUUGUUUGGACACUCUCGAUCAGUAUUGGUUUUUUGCAAUCAUUUAUCUACGCUGAAAUCGCAGGACUAUUCCCAAAUAAGUCGGGUGGUGCAUCAGUUUACGGAGCUAUUGGCUGGAUACGUUAUGGUAAGGUGUUGGCGCCAAUUUCUGUCUGGUGCAAUUGGUUUGGUUGGUCACCAGUAUUAACUAUUGGAACUGGACUAAGUGCUGGAUAUAUUCUCAGUAUGUUUGACUCUAAUGCACUGAUUAAUACAUGGCAAUUUAGAAUAGUUAGUCUUAAUUUCAUUCAAACAGAUCUAUCAAUAAGGAUCAAUUCAACUUUUAUUAUCGGAGCAAUAUUGAUGCUAAUAGUCUUUGCUAUACAACAUCGAGGCAUUCUUUCGGCUGCUCGCGUUCAAAUGUUGUUUGCUAUCUCGUCACUACUACCCCUAAUCAUUUUGGGUAUAGUACCGCUCUUCCUCGGUAAAAUAGAUACUAAAAAUUUCAUUCCAUUCGCACCACUUAUGCGAAAUGCAACAAAUAAUAUCACUACUGGAAGUUGGGAUAAAGCAGGCAUAACUUCAUUUGCUGGUGGUAUGUUUAUCGCUGCCUGGUCGGCCUAUGCAUUUGAGACAGCUGUCUGUUACACAAGUGAAUUCAAAAAUCCAGGAUCGGAUACAUUCAAGGCAAUAUUAUCUUCCGGUUUAUUGUGUCUGUUCGUCUUUUCAUUGAUUCCAUUUACAUUUCAAGGGACACUUGGCCUUAAAAGAAUGCUCGAUCCAGGCAUCUAUAAUGGAAUGGGAGUUGCUAAGGCAAUGGCCGAGAUGAUCGGAGGCGUAAUUCUAAUGGGGAUAUUUACUGUAAAUGAUAAUAUCAAUUUUUAUUGUUAA